AUGGCUGCCAACGAAGCUUCAAACGAAGCCGACAAGAUCACUACCCUCCAGACUAGUCCUGCUUCAGUUGCGAGCUUUCCUGCGAAUUCCGCGGACCUCGACGAUGACUACCAUCUAUACAAGCGGAGCGAUGAUCAAGAGCUCGACCCGGCCGAAUCCAAAAGAGUGCUACGCAAACUUGACAUUCGAAUUGUGCCUAUCCUCUUUCUCAUAUACCUGCUGCAAUAUCUCGACAAGAAUGGCAUCAACUAUGCCAGUGUGUACGGCUUACAGAAGGGCACGAACUUACACGGCCAAGACUACUCCUGGUUAGGGUCAAUCUUCUAUUUUGGUUAUCUGUGGGCGCAGUAUCCGGCCGGCUAUUUCUUACAAAGACUGCGAGUUGGAAAGGUGAUCGGAGCCACUACUAUCGCAUGGGGGAUUAUCCUGAUCACGACCCCGGCUUGUUCAAGCUUUGCUGGCAUUGCCGUCAAUCGCUUUUUGCUAGGCUCGUUUGAGGCAGUGGUGAACCCCGGUUUUGUUCUCAUCAUGAGCAUCUGGUACACGUCGCUGGAGCAGCCCCUAAGACUGGAGGCCUACUAUUGCACAAAUGGCAUCGCAACGAUGUUUGGGGGCUUGAUUGGCUAUGCUGUUGGCCAUAUCACAACCGGCCUACCUCGCUGGAUGUACGUCUUUAUUAUAUUCGGCAGUAUCAGCAUCGCUCUGGGUAUUCUGGCCCUUGUCAUGCUCCCAGAUCUCCCGUCGACGGCCAAAUUCCUUACCGACGCCGAGAAAGUGAUUGCCGCCAAACGCGUCUCUGCCAACCGUCAGGGCAUCAAAAAUCGACAUUUCAAGUCCUACCAAAUGUGGCAGACGUUCAGAGACCCAAAGACCUGGAUCUUGUUCAUCAUGGCCGUGGGUGCGCAAAUUCCGAAUUCAGCAAUCACCCAGUUCACGUCGCUGGUGAUUCAAUCGUUCAAUGUCGACACUUUAGGGACACAGUAUCUCCAGAUCCCGGGCGGCGCCGUCCAGUUCGUCGCCCUCCUUGGUGGAGGGAUCAUCUGUUCCAGGUGGCCGAAUCUCCGAUGCAUCACCAUGAUCGUGGCAAACACGAUCUGCAUCGUUGGAUCUGGGCUGCUCGUCGGUUUGCCAGAUAGCAACAAAUGGGGCCGGCUGGUCGGGUUGUGGUUGUGUUUUUUCCAAGGCCUGGGCUUCAGCAUGAGCUUGACCAUGGUCAGCUCCAAUGUGGCCGGGUAUACCAAAAAGCAACUCACAGCGGCGAUCCUUUUCACCGGGUAUUGCGUGGGGAACAUAAUUGGGCCGCAAACAUUCAAGUCAAGCGAGGCGCCGCGAUAUCAUUCCGCCUACGUGGCGAUGCUCGUCGGGUACACGAUCAAGCUGGUGGCUAUUGUUGUCUUGUAUGUCUACAUGUUUGCAGAGAACAAGAGGCGAGACCGUGAAGCAGCCGCUUCAGGUGUGGCAGAUCUUGAUGAGGAGAAGGAGGCCAUCGAACGAGGGAUGCAUGAUGUCACGGAGCUGGACAAUAAGGGAUUCAGAUACACGUUGUAA